CUUUGUCAGCUGACAAGAGCAUGAGAACUUUGUCCGCUGCUGCAACUGAGGAACUCAGCUGUGAAUUUGGUUCAACUAAAUACUUUGUCCUGUGUUCCCUUGGAGGGGUUCUAUCCUGCGGUAUCACCCAUACUGCUGUUACUCCUCUUGAUCUGGUCAAAUGUAGGCUUCAGGUCAACAAGGAGAAGUACAAGUCCCUGGGAAACGGAUUUAAAGUUACCGUAGCAGAUGCCGGAGUUAAGGGUCUUUUCCUUGGCUGGGCUCCUACUGCUAUCGGAUACUCCAUGCAGGGUCUUUGCAAGUUCGGGUUCUACGAGGUGUUUAAAUCCGUCUACGGAGAUAUUUUGGGAGAGGAGAAUGCUUUCCUGUGGAGAACCUCCCUGUACCUCGCCGCUUCAGCCAGCGCUGAGUUCUUCGCUGAUAUCGCUCUCUCCCCCAUGGAGGCAUGCAAGGUUAGAAUGCAGACCUCACCUAUGGGAACCUUCCCAACCACCCUGCGUGGAGCUCUCCCCAAGAUCUACGGAGAGGAGGGAAUCGGUGGAUUCUACAAGUCACUUGUUCCUCUCUGGGGUCGUCAGAUCCCCUACACCAUGAUGAAGUUCGCCUGCUUUGAGAAGACCGUUGAGCUGCUUUACGCCAAUGUUGUCCCUAAGCCCCGUGCUGAGUGCAGCAAGGGAGAACAGCUGAUUGUUACAUUCGCUGCUGGUUACAUUGCUGGUGUUUUCUGCGCUGUUGUUUCUCACCCAGCUGAUACCGUUGUAUCCUAUAUGAACAAGGCUAAGGGAGCCACCAUUGGAUCUUCAGUCAAGGAUCUUGGAUUCAAGGGACUAUGGGGAGGUUUGGGAACUAGGAUUAUCAUGAUUGGUACCCUCACCGCUCUACAGUGGUUCAUCUAUGACGGAGUCAAGGUUCAGCUCAGGCUCCCCCGUCCCCCUCCCCCAGAGAUGCCCGAGUCUCUCAAGAUCAAGCUCGGUCUCACCCAACAGUAAUUUGUUAUAACUUCAGAAACUGUUAAAUAUAGAACAUAAACGAAUAA